GAUCUUUUGAAGCAGAUGUCCCAAUUUCUACGUUAUUCCACUGGCACAUAAGCAAUGUAUAUUAGUUUCUGCCACUCUGUAUAAGAGCAUUUUAUGCCUUGUGUGAAAUCUAUACAAUUUAUACAAAAUUAACAUUUAUUUAUUUGACAUUUUAACGUGCGUAAUUUGCAAUUAGGUUUCCAGACUGUCACUCUCUGGUGUCCAUAACGUUUGUUCUUUUCAGACCGAAUAUUUUUUCACUUGCUCCUUUGUGGACUCUAAAAAUGGGAAGAUUAGACACACUGAGAGAAUUUAAUUUAUUGUCAUGGAUGAGAGAGGAAAGACAAUCGAGGAAGUUGAUCCUGGUCAUCGUUUUCAUCGCCUUGCUGCUGGAUAAUAUGCUUCUAACGGUGGUCGUCCCCAUCAUCCCUAGCUACCUAUACACAAUUGAUGAUGCAGCAGCCAACAUGGCCAAGAAUCACACUACGGCCUCCCCACACACCCCUUCUGGAACCUUCCAGACCAUCGUGUCCCUCUAUGACAACUCUGUCAGGGUAACCAGCGGGGACCCAAUGGACUCCACACCCAUACCCUUGGGUCAGACGCAGGGGGUCUCUUCUUCCACCUCGGCUCUCACACCCCACAACUCCACACAGCCCGACUGCCCCAAAGCAGACGACCAGCUGCUCAAUGAGAAUGUGAAAGUGGGACUACUCUUUGCCUCCAAGGCCACUGUACAGCUCAUCACCAACCCCUUCAUUGGGCCUCUCACCAACAGAAUAGGAUACCAGAUCCCCAUGUUUGCCGGGUUCUGUAUUAUGUUCCUGUCAACCAUCAUGUUCGCCUUCUCAUCGAGCUACACUCUGCUGUUUCUGGCCAGAUCCAUGCAGGGUGUGGGCUCCUCCUGCUCCUCUGUGGCUGGGAUGGGGAUGCUUGCCAGUGUGUACACAGAUGAUGAAGAGAGGGGAAAUGCCAUUGGGAUAGCCCUCGGUGGUCUCGCCAUGGGUGUGCUGGUGGGCCCACCAUUUGGCAGUGUCAUGUAUGAGUUUGUGGGGAAAACGGCACCUUUCCUCAUUCUGGCUGUUCUGGCUGUGCUGGAUGGAGCACUGCAACUGUUCAUUCUCCAGCCCUCAAAGGUGGAACCAGAGAGCCAGAAAGGGUCUUCGCUAUGGAGUCUUAUGAAAGAUCCAUACAUACUCAUUGCUGCAGGAUCCAUUUGUUUUGCGAACAUGGCCAUCGCCAUGUUAGAACCAGCGUUGCCUAUUUGGAUGAUGGAGACCAUGUGUCCAAGAAAAUGGCAGCUAGGCAUUGCCUUCGUGCCAGCCAGCAUCUCUUACCUUAUUGGAACCAACAUCUUUGGCGUCCUCGCACACAAGAUGGGGAGAUGGCUGUGCGCUCUCAUCGGGAUGGUCCUCGUGGGGGUUAGCAUCCUCUGUGUUCCUUUUGCUAAGGACAUCUACGGACUAAUACUUCCGAAUUUCGGUGUUGGUUUUGCAAUUGGCAUGGUGGAUUCCUCUAUGAUGCCAAUCAUGGGCUACUUAGUGGACCUGAGACACGUGUCAGUCUAUGGCACUGUGUACGCCAUAGCUGAUGUGGCAUUCUGCAUGGGCUUUGCUUUAGGUCCGUCCGCUGGGGGCGCCAUAGCGAAGAGCAUUGGGUUCUCCUGGCUCAUGACCAUCAUUGGCGUCGUGGACAUCCUCUUCGCUCCCCUCUGUUACUUCCUCAGGAGUCCUCCUGGGAGGGAGGAGAAAAUGGCCAUCUUGAUGGACUCCAACUGUGCAAUGAAGACCCGAUCAUACUCAACACAAGGGAACACAGAGUACGAAGAGAUGGAGACAGAGUAUGAUGAGUAGUAAUGGACACCAGACAGGUAUGUUACCUUCCAGAGGAUCUAUUUUGUUGUACAAAAACAGAGAUAAAAAUUGAAAAUACAAAAAAACAAACAGCAAAGCUGUUUCGAUGUGAAUGUCCUCCGUGCGGUCGGUCUUCACUGUUCUAUGUCAUUGUGAUCGUACGACUGGAGCAAACCAAAGUUGUUCUCAUCCCCCUGUGGUCACAAGCACUUUGCUUGUGUUUAUUUUUAGCCAACAGCCUUAUCCAAUGGAAGUGGAACACAUGUCAAAACAGGGUUUUCAUAGGCCGUAAUAGUAGAAUGUUGUGAGUCAUAUUUACUGGAUAGUUCAGCUGACAGUGAUCUUAUAGAUCACCAAAUUGUGUACUGUAGGUUAGCAAGGAGUACAAACCUGUCUUAAUAAUUCACCUUUUGCCCAUUAACAGUCUUCAUCAACAUAUCUAAUACAGAAAUAUAAAACAAAUGGGGGUGGAGAGUUACUUCUAUCUGUGUAGAAACUGACUUUGGAUCAGAUUCAACAUCUCGAACAAGGCACUAUGAGAACACCGCUUUAGUGUUUGUCAUUCUAUUUGUUGAUUAUAAUUAUAUUAUGAUGAGAUGGUAAAUGAUUUAGAUAUAAAGUAUUACUUAGUCUAUACAAGUUACUCAAUACAUUUGGAAUGAGAAUUUGUUAACUGCUUUGGACAAGGCAAAUCACAAUGUAUGGGUUACAUUUUACCUUGAAAUUGGCCUUUUUUUCAUUGAUCCUACAAACAUGUUUUUACGUUGACAUUCGAAUUGAGGAAAUACCUGAACUGAAACCUUUGAAGUCAUAGAAAGUUAUAUCCCCAGAAUCCAGUGUUGUCCUGGGUUGACUGCUUAUGGCUAUUUGCAUGGUAUACCACAUAAAAAACACAGCAUCACUCCAAUAUCAUCCUCAGUUUCACCUUCCACAUAAAAAACACAGCAUCACUCCAAUAUCAUCCUCAGUUUCACCUUCCACAUAAAAAACACAGCAUCACUCCAAUAUCAUCCUCAGUUUCACCUUCCACAUAAAAAACACAGCAUCACUCCAAUAUCAUCCUCAGUUUCACCUUCCACAUAAAAAAAUGGUUAAUGAAAGACAUUUUCACUGUAAAUAAUACCUCAGCUCAUAAAAAACAUAUUUUGCUUUUUUUAUUUGUACAUUUUGGAGCCAUUUGAAUGUGUGGAAAUGUAAGACUUAUAUUUGAGUGAUUUUUGAAUACAGGUAAUAGAAUUUGAUCUUUCUGUUUACCCUCAGCUCCAUUUACAGACAAUUGGAAACAUAUAUCUUAUAGGCUUUUCUUAGUGUGUUUGUGUCAAUACAAUGUUUAGGUAGAUGAUGUGUAACUAAGAUUCUUUUAACUUUCCCUAUUGAUAUGACAAGCCAUAAAAUAUACUAAAAUAUAUAUAUAUAGUAAACACAUACGGACACAGCUUUAGUUAGUUGUCUCUGUUUAAACAUCACCUUAAGGAGAGGAGAAAUUCCAUAAGCACUUUAUCAGAGUCUAGAUAUCCACACCAUUUAACUCCAAGGACAGUUCUAGUAUGUUAAUGUUGGUUUAGCAGAGAGAGAAUAUUGAGGUGAUCAGUCUGUUUGGUCAUGUUGUCUGUUAGUAAGAAAACACUCUCAAUGUUUUAUCAAAGAUACAUGCACUGAUUAUUAUUGUGUUUUACGUACACUUUCCCAGUAGUGUUAAUUCCUAAAAUAAGUAGAAACUCAAUGUAUUUUCAAGCACUAAGGUUCAAUUUUAGGUCCCAAUCUUUACCAAUUUUAAUCUUAGAUAAACUAAUCCCUUGAGAGCAUUAACUUUAUUAUAUGUAUGUGAAUUUAUUGAUCACUUCCAGGUCAUCAAAAAGUAGACCCUUUUUCUAGCUGUUUAACACACAAUACAGAAAGCACAGCAUACAUUGUUUCCAAAAUGAAAUAAGAGUUUAUUAUAUUGUCCAGCAGUGCAUGCACAUACACUGAGUAUACCAAAUAUUAGGAACAUCUUCCCCCUUUGCCCUCAGAACAGCUUCAAUUCGUCUGGGCAUGGACUCAACAAGGUGUCGAAAGCUUUCCACAGGGAUGCUGGCCCUUGUUGACUCCAAUGCUUCCCACAGUUGUGUCAAGUUGGCUGGAUGUUGUUUGGGUGGUGGGCCAUCCUUGAUACACAAUGGAAACUGUUGAGCGUGAAAAACCCAGUAGCGUUACAGUUCUUGACACAAACUGGUGUGCCUGGCACCUACUACCAUACCCUGUUCAAAGUCACUUCAAUCUUUUGUCUUGCCCAUUCACCCUCUGAAUGGUACACUUGCACAAUACAUGUCUCAAGGAUUUUAAAAAUAGUCCUUAUUGAACCGGUCUCCUCCCCUUCAUCUCCACUGAUUGAAGUGGAUUUAACAAGUGACAUCAAUAAGGGAUCAUAACUUUCACCUGGAUUCAUCUGGUCAGUCUGUCACAGAAAGAGCAGGUGUUCUUAAUGUUUUGUAUACUCAGUAUACAUACACACUUAAGUCUGAGGAUUUGAUUGGCUGACUGGGCCCUGGCCUGCACAUGUCAUUAGUGAAUUUUGUGUGCAGUCAGUCACCAGUAUUAAUCCACAACACAGGGCCAUGAAGGCCCCCCUUUCCCCACCCCCUCUCCUCUCCUAUUUGUCCUGAAGCAGAAAAUGAAAAUAGACUCAUCCACUAUUCUGCUUUUUGUCAAAAUCAUGGUGAUCUAACAGAAAAAGCCAGGCAUACAAAGCACAGCUAAUAACUGUCAAAUAUAUAUAUAAUUGUUUGGUAAAGUGCAUUUAUUACAAACCAUUAUUUGGUUCUUCAAGCAAAUCUGACAUCUAGAUAUCCUGGAAAUAUGUAAAAAUCUUUGAAAAUACUUUAAUGCCCUUGCCACAGAAAAGCACAAUAACCCAUAUUCAAAAUGUCAAAUAAGAUUUCAUUUUGAAGUAUAUGGACUGUUUUGCCGAACCCUGGGUUUGCUGGAUUGCAGGUCUGUUUGAAUGGACACUCGAAUGAGUUUCAUUGUAUAUUAAUGAUAUAAGCAAAAUUGUCUGUGGUGGAGUUGACAGAGAUAAUUACCUGAUAACGUCAAUAUUAAUUUCAUUAUUUUCUAAAAUGUAUAUUUAAAUUCGCCGCACCCUUAAUGAAAAUAUUUUUAUGUCAAGAUGGCUACUAUUCUGAGAGGUUGUCGUUAUUUUGCAAUACAUUGUUGGGUCAUGUAGGUUACAUAAUUGAUUAUAUAUUGUGGAGAUUAAUAUAUUUUGUUGUCAUUUGUUUAGGUGCGAAAUGUAUUGCACACAUGCACAAAAAUGUGUGUGUGCUCAUGUUGGUGUGUGUGCCUUCUGACAUGUAUGUCAUUGGUUUGUGUGUAUAUCAAAUACUUACUAACUGGUACAAAAAAACUAAUGUUGACAUUUUAUCAUCUGGAAUGGUUGUUUACGUGUAAAGUGUGCUGAUUGUGUAAUAUAUGUUGAUACUCAGUGGGGAUGGGAAACAAAAAUAAAUGUUGUAUACUCUGAAAA